AGGAGGGAGGGAGAUCAUGUGAUUCUCCGCUGCGCUGGGUUUGCACGUGCAUCUUUGCGAGGGGGGAGGCGGCUUCGGCUUCCGAGAGGUCACGUGACGCCCCCCCCCGCUCCCCUUCCCCACCAGCUGCAGAGACAGCCAAGCAGCUGGCUGGGAGGAUUUCCAGCGAAUACCGCAGCGGAGCUGGGAGGAAAAAGGAAGGGAGAAGCAGGUUGGCGGCCGCCUCCGCCGCCCCAGGUCGAUCGUAGCCUGCAAGCUUUGCCUUGUCGCUGGAGAUCGAUGGCUGCGCCGUCCUCCUUGUAAGGCUCUCUGGGCAACGUCCCUGGAAUUGGUGGCAGAGCCACGAUGUGGAGGGGCCAGGCCCAGUUUGAGGAGACCAGGCAACAGUUCCAAAAGCACCCAGUGGUGGGGCAAUGGAAGCCACUUGCAACUGCCAGCAGAGGCCAGGAGCUGCAGCAGCCAGAGCCCUCUGCCACGGACUUGGGAGGUGGGGAUGAGAACCAGUCCGUGGCUCAGCUGAAUGUCUCCCGCUUGCGCAGCUCUUCUGUGGAGAUCCGGGAGAAAGGCUCUGAGUUCCUGAAGGAGGAGCUCCACAGAGCUCAGAAGGAGUUGAAGUUGAAGGAUGAAGAAUGUGAGAGACUUUCAAAAGUCAGAGAACAGCUGGAACAGGAACUGGAGGAGUUAACAGCAAGUUUAUUUGAGGAAGCCCACAAGAUGGUGCGGGAAGCAAACACAAAACAGGCAGCCUCGGAGAAACAGCUGAGGGAAGCACGAGGAAAAAUUGACAUGCUGCAGGCAGAGGUGACAGCCUUGAAGACUCUGGUGAUCACGUCGACCCCGUCUUCUCCAAACCGGGAGCUGCACCCGCAGCUCCAAAGCCCGUCCAAAGCAGUCUUCAGGAAAGGGCACGGGCGGAACAAGAGUACCAGCAGCGCUGGUGGUGUGGCUGCUGCCAGCCAGAGCCCUCCCUUGGAACCGGCCAGCAGUGAAUUCAAAGAGUCUGGGGUGCCCACUCUCCUCUCCCUGCUCCUCUGUAUCGUCCCUGCGAAGGCAAUCCACAUCACCUAUGAGCCAGGCUGGCAGACCCUGGCAACAGAUUCUUCCUUCUCUUCUCCCUCACGGCAGGUGGAUUCCAUCUUGUUUGCAGAAUUCCAGGCUUGGAAAGAGUCUCCCACUUUGGAUAAAUCCUGUUCCUUCCUCGCAAGGAUUUACCACGAAGAUGUUGGGCCUUGUCUGGACUUCACCAAACAUGAGUUAUCGGAACUGAUUCAGGCAGCUGUGGAGCAGAACACACUUAACAUUGAACCAGUGGCAACUCAGGCACUGCCUGUGGUGAAGGUGUCGGCCAUUGAAUGUGGUGGACCAAAUGGGUUCCGGUCCCAAAUUGUAACGAAGUGCGCUCUGAGUGGCCUGUCUCGAGCCUGCAGGCAUCGCAUAAAACUGGGGGACUCUGGGAAUUAUUACUACAUUUCGCCUUCCUGCAGGGCCAGGAUUACAGCAGUAUGCAACUUCUUCACUUACGUUCGCUACAUCCAGCAGGGACUGGUACGGCAGGAUGGAAGGAAAUAUCCCUAUAUCCACUUCACAAGGGAGACGGCAUAGCCAAUACCGGGCCUUCCGUAGCUCUGUGGCAGAAGCAAGCUUAACAGUGGAACUGAUGUACUGGGAAAUCAUGCGGCUCAGAAAGGAAAUGUCCAUGGCCAAGCUGGGGUUCUAUCCCAGUGAGAUGUAGCCAGGGACUGGCACCCUUGAAGGUGAUUGCCCUAGAGUCACUCUGCCAGGCAGACUAGUAGCCUUUCUGCUGGGAAUGGAAGCUACCUGAUGUCAGCUGAAGGUAUUAGAAGCACACAUUUCUCCACUGAAUUAUUUGCUGCUCUUCCUGACAGUGCCUACAAAAUGCAGAUCGGCCCAGGAAAUGGCACAACUGAAUGAGGACAUCUCUGGGCUCUUUUUUCUAUGCAUCCCACAGCCAGAUUAAAUUGAGUCUUAAAAAAAAUAAAUUAAAAAAAAUACCAGAUCUGCUCUUGCAGCUCCUGAGAGACCUGUGCUGGCCUUCGGGCUCAUUCUGCUUGCUGCUUCAAGUUACAAUGACUCUCUGAGCAUUCCCACACCACAGAGCGAGCUUUGAACUCUACUGCCCAGCUGCUAGCUCCAGCUGUUGCCAGAGUGUGUUUAUUCCCCACAUGUCAGUGCCAUACAAAGACCUUGCUUGAUAGUCACGAAGUGUGUGGUCUUCCAGUGUUUUUCCCCUGGCAGCUCUUCCUGAAGAGCCUGCAAGUGUUGGUCAGGGGAAGCAGAGUCACAGAGGAUGCUUUUGAUUCUGUUUACCAGCUCAGGGUUUGCCUUUUGGGGUUGUCUAAUGGAUCCCAUACCUGUCUUGUGAAGGCAGGCACCUAUUCUUGGCCAAAACGUUGAUUGGAAACAUGAUGCAGCAAUGAGGAAGUUACAUGGCAGACAGUGACCCACAACUGUACCAAAGUCAGCUGUGUCUGGGGCUUUCAAUGUUUUCCCCACAUUGCAGAGAGGAAAGUGUUGGUUGCCAUGUUAGUGCUCCAAGAAACAGCUCUUCUUUAUUGACAUCAUCGUCGCCACUAUACGGACUCCUCUACUUGUGCUUUGUUACAGUCUACAUACCAGCUUGGAGAUUGACCUUUACAGUCUUCCAUUGGAAUGCUGUGGAGUGUAUUUCCACUCUGUUCUAGGGUCCCAUUCAUACUGACAUCUGUCUAAAGAUGUUAUAAACUCAAGCUCUAAGUAUUUGCUCUUUUGCAUCAUUAAUAUUAGAACUCAAAGUAAUUUGCAACAUGAGAAUUGAGUUCAAAUGGACAAAAUCUCGCGAAUAAAAAUAUCCUUUAUUAAAGUGGUGGGCAUGGGGUAGUAGUUGGAUUUCAGCUGUAAGACUAAAUGUAGGUUCCAGAAUUUCUUUUGGCAUUACAAAGAGCAAUUGAACAUGGAUUCUGAAUUUGAAAAUCACAGAUCUGGAAGACCUGUCAAAUGCUGACAACACAAAGUCUCUUCUAGCUUUUGACUUGUCUCUUUUCAAAGAGACAGAGAGCUAAAGUUUCUCUUUGGGGCACUGUACUUAAUUUCUAAAAUGAGAGAAGCUCCAACUGUCUCCUUCCUGGAAGCUUUAUCUCCUGUCCUGACAGCCAUUCCCCUCUGUUCUCAGAUCCAUGGGGGAGUGGUUGCUGGCUACUUAGCAGUGAAGGAAAAGUACCUUAUCCAUGCUCAAAAGCACUCACUGCUGGUCUCUGAGGUUAAGCUCUGGGAACACAUCCCAACCCACACCUGGAUCCUCCCCCUAAAACAAAUGGCAUGAAAUCAUCUUGGCUGCCGUAGUGAGUGGCUUCAUUUUCUCCUCAAGUUCCAUUUUGCUGUGGCAGGGGGACCUCCCAGCUUGUAGGAAAGUGCUUUGAAUACAUAAUUGCUGCAAUUUAUCUCUUGAUGCCUAGUGCUAUGUGAUCUCUGUUGAAUCUGGCAUUCCUGAGUCCUCUCCCUGGAGGAGUGGCAUUAUAUGAGCUUGAGUAGGAGAUAAUCGCCUUCCUUUGGUACGACAUUGGGACUGUGUGCACUUUUAGCCUUUCUUGGAUAUUGUAGUAGUCUCUCCCGAGUACUACAGGUAAGUAUGUCCUGUUGGACCUGGGGAAGGGAGGAAACCUGUAUGUUCUUUGCUGCUCUCUCAGUGGUCCUGGCUGCUGUUCCAGGGCUUGGUGUCAUCUUUACCACUUCCAGUAGCACUUGCAUGCUAAGGAUUAUAGUAAAUAUAUAAGGAUAUAUAUACCAAAUAAAAGCUCUUCUCCCCAUGGAUGUAUCUGGGAGAAAAAUACUAUUGGAAUUAUGCUUGCAGGAGAACAGAUUGCAACCACACUUGCCUCUUCCUCCCCCAGGCAAAGCGUGCUUUAGGUAAAACGCCAAGUAGCACUCAAGUGGAUCCCUUCGGCUCAGCUGCAGUGUUUUCAUUCCACUUUCCACAUCUGCAAGAAUGGCCAAAGGCCAAGUAGGGUGGUGCCUAGUGCACCCCUUGCAUGAGAAUCCUUAGCAUCUGAACCUUUCUGAUGGGAUUCUGAGGAUCUGUUUCCUAUUCUAUACACCUGAUUUUAGCAUAAAUAUAAAUUACAGCUAUUGUCUCAUUUCGUGAAACAGUAGUUGGGCAGGCUGAGUGUCAUCUCACGUUCAUACUCUUGUCAUUUUACUAAAUGCCAGACGUGUGUGUGUGUGUUGAUAGCACAGGGAGAGAGAUGCAGAUGAACUAAACAUCAUCUUGCAAAUGCUUCAGGGUGGAAUGUUCCUGAGUAGUUUAAAAUCAUGGUCUUAACGCUGUCAUGAGUGGACCUGGCCAUGAUGAUUUUUAUGGGGACCUCCAAUCAGAUAUGAAAUGGUUCCCAUCAGUUCUUACCCUGAAAACAUUCACUUUCAUGAACGUUAUGGUGCAGGUGCAGAAUAGGAAUCAACUCAUUCCCAGUGCUCCAACCCAUUUCAGCAAUGAACUGUAGAUACUCUAGAGCACUGCAGUAGGAAAUCAAAAGGGACUACCCCAGAAGGUCCAUGUGGAAGAUGUUUACUUCCUAAUAGUACCCCUGCUAACAGGGCAAGAGAGGCACCUUUCAAGGUGGGGUGAGUCUUUUUAUAUUAAGCAGGAGGAAAGCAACUGGCCGUCCAGCACAGCAUCCCUCCAGUUGCUUUUUAGACUGUGAGCCCUUUGGGGACAGUAGAUCACUUAUUCCUCCUUAUUCUUUUUUGAGAACUUUUUGUUGAAAAACAGUAUAUAAAACAUUUUCAGCUCUAGUGGAAUAAGAUACAGUAUCAUCCAGUGGCAGGGAUGAUAGAAUAUCUUUCAGUCCCAAAUUAGAGAUUCUGAAUAAACUGUAUGCCCUUGCAGAUGAAAAUAGUGGCACUUUUGUGAACUUGUGAUACCCCUGUUCUUGCUACAGGGCUCACUGUCUGAGAACCCCUGGUUCAGUUAUGCAUUUCUGAAGGCUCUUCUGUGCUGUGUGAAUUUAUUCUGCCUUAGCCAGCUCUGUGUUGCGUUAUUAAACUUAAUAGUUCAAAAUGAGCCUUUCCCUUCAUUGUAUGUGUAAAGGUAGGCUUUGUUAGGACAUAAUGCCUUAGCAUUCGUGUGCCUGCUUGUGCAUCAGAAUUUUAAAAAAUGCUUCCUUGAAGAGCCAGAGGAAGGGCUGAAAUCAGAAGAAAGACCACUCUAGUGCACAAGUGAUCACACCAAUUCAAUGUUUUAAAAAGCUUACCCUCCCCACAAAUUCUUCCCAAAAGCAACAUAGGGGGAACUUAAGGACAGCUGGAGAGGAUGUAAUUGUUAGUGGCUGACAUGAUGUGCAUGCUUACAGAGGUAUAAAGCUCCCUUGCAGGGCUUCAGCAAAACCAGAAGAUAGCCCUGAUGCUUUUUUAAAACUGGCAGCUGUACAGGCAGUGUUACCACAUCUAUUCCCACUCACAACAAUGGGGAUAAUCAUGGUAACACUGUUUGAACCAGCCAGCAGUUAUUAAAAGGGCCAGGGCUAUCUUCCAGCUUGGUUGCAGCCCUGCAAAGGAGCCUUAAGGCUCUGUUAGUGUGCAUAUCAUGUUGGCCACUGUCCCAUGUUCAGUAAAGUUAGUGUUUGGGUAGGAAAAUGCAAGAUGAACAAUGGAGAGAUUUCUAAUCCUUGGUGUCAAUUUAAUAGGACAGAUGCUAGAAUCAGGAACCCAGUUGAUACUUUAAAAAAAAAAUCCUUCAAAUCAUUCACUGUCCCUUUUCUUCUGCCAGGGGUUUCCCGUCCCUAAGAUGUUGGGCUAUAACUCUCAUAAUCCCCACCCACAAUGGUCAAAGGGGAGUUGUAGUCUAAUUACUCAGACUACAACUCUUGAUUGGACCUCAGGUUGGAAACUCCUGGCUUAUAUGACUAGGAAGUGCCUUCAUUGUAGGGAUGUGCACGGAACCAGGCGUGCAUGCGUGUGCAUCUUUUUUUGGGGGGGGGAGGUGCGUUUCCCCCUCCCACCGCAUUUCCCGUCAGCACUCCGUUUUGUUAAAGCUCCUUGAGGUGGCAGCAUGCCUACCCGUCUCCCCGAAGUGACCGGAAGUAACAAAUGCACCUGCGUGUGCCUGUCACACGCACAUUGUGUGCACACCCACCUGCAGCAUGUGUGCACCCAUGCCUGGCACGCACAGGUAUGCCUGUUUCUUCUGGUCACUUCCGGGAGACGGAGUGGUGGGGAGGUACGCUGCCACCCCCAGGGGCUUUAACAAAAUGGAGUCCAGGUGGGGGAAAUGUGGGGGGGAGGUUCCCCCGCCCUUAAAGAUGCACCCCCCCUGCCGGUGAACUGGUGGAACUGCCCGCUGAUCGAACUGGUUCGGAGGCCCAUAAAGGGCCUCCGAACUGGUUCUGUGUACAUCCCUAUGUGUACAUCCCUACGUGAUUGCUUUUUACUGCUUGUGCAGAAGGGGCAACUGUUGAUCUGUUCUCUUGGGUGCAUUACUAUCUUCUCUUGACCUGUGUGUUCCUAUUUUAAUAAAAUAUACUGAUUUCUAUUUAAUAAAUAGAUUCCAGUACUGACAGUGAGACUGGUUCUUAUUGCCUGUGGGCCGUUUUAUUCCUUUUGAAGCCUGCAUGUAUUUCAGCUGCAAAAUAAACAGCACAUUUUGAAAGCAGAA